UAGGGGCUUCGUAGGAAACAAGGAGGUCCCGAAGCCUUGUUUUAUAAAUGAACAAUGAGGUUGAAGACAACGAAGUCUUUCUGUUUUUGGGGCUCACAGUAGCCAGUUGCAAGGAGGGAUCCUAAACCACGGAGCAGUGUUCUGUGUGCUUUUCUGACUUUUGCAUGAACUCCUGAACUGCGCUGGUUAUUCCCAAAUUUUUUGUUCAGAUUCCCCAGAUGAAGACACUGAGUGGCCCUGCUUGACUUCUUAUGCUGAGGUACACAGAGCAGAGCUAUUUGGCCCUUUGGUUGGGUCCUUGAAAGUUGGGUGUCUGUUUAGCAUUCAGUCAGCCACGGGGCUGGAGUUGUUUGGGGGAGGGUGGGGAGGUUAGGUCACCAGUAUCAAACUCGCCUCCCUGGGCAGCAGGGACUGCAUCGGAAAUCCCCUGUGACAUGGUAGGAGCACUCUGAGAAAGCCAGGCCAUGGGCCUCAGCAUGCAGCGUACUCUGCUGAGAUUCCUAGGCUCAGGCCAGGCCGCAAUUCUGUGCACACCACAGCUUCCCCAAGAGUGGCUGUGUUCAGACACAGAUGUGGUCCCAGGACCUCCUUAGUGACAACCCCUCAGUGGUGGCCCAUGGUCUUCUGGGAGGCCCCUUGACCUCCUGUGGCCCAUGUCUGUUUCUUCUGUGCUCAGAUCCUGGUGCUCCUUUACCAAGAGUGUUCUCUUCCUCACUCCCUCUCAUCCUUUCCCUUUCAGCCCUUGCCUCUUCUCCUCCAUGAACGCCUAAGGGUUUGGUGCUUCUUUUAUAUACAUCAGGAUGCCCUGAGUCUAUGAACCUAUUUCCCUUUCUCCUUCCCUUCCUUCAUUCUGCACCCCUUCCCCUUUGUUUUCUCUUUGAAACAGGGUCUUACUCCGUUGCACAGGCUGGAAUGCAGUAGCGCGAUCACAGCUCAUUGCACUCGACUUCCCAAGUUUAGGUAAUCCUCCCGCCUCAGCUUCCUGGGUAGCUGCGACUGGAGGCAUGCACCACCACACUUAGCUAAUGUUUUGUAUUUUUGUAGAGACAGGGUUUCACCUUGUUGUCCAGGCUGGUCUCGAACUCCUGUGCUCAAGUGAGAACAUAAGUGUUACAUAAGCAUAACCCUGUGCAUUAUAGAUUAGUGAAAUUUUUUACAGCACAGUAAUAAGCAACCAAUAAAGCAACUAAAUAAUGGAGCAAUUAAACUCCAUUUCUACAGAAAUGGGGAAAUUCCAAAGUCACAGUUUACUUAGAAGAAGAGUAGUAAGAAUGUGGGCCUCCCAAAGUUCUGAUAUUACAAGGUGUGAACUACCACUCCUGGCCCCCUCCUUUCACCAACCAUACAGUAUUAUAAUUUUCAGUUCUUGUGUCUUUUCCUUCUACCAGAUUGUCUUCUCAUUGAGAGCAAGGACCACAUCCUGUUUCUCUCUGUAUCCCAGGAAUCAGCACUGCCCAGCACAUAGUAAUAUUUUGUAAAUGUGCUGAAUGCAUGAAUCCAUGCCUGCUCUAAAAGCAGACAGACCCUAACUUUCUUUCCUUCUGUUGCUGUGUAUUUGAAGCUGAGAAAACAUCUAUGCAAUGCCAGGAAUUGUGUUGUUGCUGUCACCUGCUUCUCUCCAUUUAACCACUUCACCCUGAUGGGUGGGAGACAAGCAAUUGGCACCCACACCAUCCAGGACAGCUGUAUGAGGAGGUGGCGUUUCUGUUGCAGUUUGAAUGAUGGAAAGACCGGCAGGUGGUUGGGUGAGUGGGAUGUUGUGAGUGUACAGAGGAGCGUGGGGAAGGUUUGGCUCUAGGAGGGGGUGGUUUGAAGAGAAGAGGCUUUGAGGAAAUUUCCUUGAUUCACUUCCAAUUGUGACAUAUUCCUGUGCACACAUCUGGUGCAUAUGACAGGCUGUUUCUAAUAGUAAAGAGAUUUAAAAAUACUCAUCCUUCCAGAAUUGGAAAAGAGGUCAAAAGAAGGUGGGCAUGAGAAGUUUAAAAAUAUUCCAGAUGGCAAAUGAGCUGUAAAAUAGGAAUCCUUUCCAAAAAGUGUGGUAAGGUUUUCAGUAGUUUAAUUGUUCAUAACCUUUCAUUAAAACUUUUCCAUCCUUUGGUUGGAGAGGUAGGAUGUUACACUCAGCCCUGAUUUUAUUUUGAGAGGCUGACAGGUUCUGAGACAUGAAUGUGUGUUACUUGUGUUUGUGGCACUUCUCUUGCAUGAGCUGCUUUCCACGUCACUGAAUUGGCCUGUGUGUUUUGCUUAUAUAACUCUUCUGAAAGUACCUUCUGUUUUAGGAAAGCCAAUUUUCAGCCAUACUUUUUUUAAGGGAAAUUUUGCAGGGUAAAUUAGCCUGGCUGGGUCUGAGCUCUUUAUUCUUGGUUACCUUGUUGGAGAUCGGAAGGAUAUUAAGAUAUGGACGUUCUUACUGCUCUUCUUCUCCUAGUCCAUCUGAUCCCGGUGUCAGCAGCUAAGAAUGGAGUGAGUAGCAAGAGUCGAAAGAGAAUCCUGCCUGACCCUGCGACGGAGCCCCCUGUGACAGACCCCAUUUACGAAGCCCUUCUGUACUGCAACAUCCCCAGUGUGGCCGAACACAGCAUGGAAGGUCAUGCCCCGCAUCAUUUUAAGCUGGUCUCAGUGCAUGUGUUCAUUCGCCAUGGAGACAGGUACCCACUGUAUGUCAUUCCCAAAACAAAGCGGCCAGAAAUUGACUGCACUCUGGUGGCUAACAGGAAACCAUAUCACCCAAAACUGGAAGCUUUCGUUAAUCACAUGUCAAAAGGAUCUGGAGCCUCUUUCGAAAGCCCCUUGAACUCCUUGCCUCUUUACCCAAAUCACCCGCUGUGUGAGAUGGGAGAGCUCACACAGACAGGCGUCGUGCAGCAUUUGCAGAACGGCCAGCUGCUGAGGGACAUCUAUCUAAAGAAACACAAACUCCUGCCCACUGACUGGUCUGCCGACCAGCUCUAUUUAGAGACCACUGGGAAAAGCCGGACCCUACAAAGUGGGCUGGCCUUGCUUUAUGGCUUUCUCCCAGAUUUUGACUGGAAGAAGAUUUAUUUCAGACACCAGCCAAGUGCGCUCUUCUGCUCUGGAAGCUGCUAUUGCCCGGUGAGAAACCAGUAUCUGGAAAAGGAGCAGCGUCGUCAGUACCUCCUACGUUUGAAAAACAACCAGCUGGAGAAGACCUACGGGGAGAUGGCCAAGAUUGUGGACAUCCCCACCAAGCAGCUCCGUGCUGCCAACCCCAUAGACUCCAUGCUCUGCCACUUCUGCCACAACGUCAGCUUUCCCUGCACCAGAAAUGGCUGUGUCGACAUGGAGCACUUCAAGGUAAUUAAGACCCAUCAGAUCGAGGAUGAAAAGGAGAGACGGGAGAAAAAACUGUACCUUGGGUAUUCUCUCCUGGGUGCCCACCCCAUCCUGAACCAAACCAUCAGCCGGAUGCAGCGUGCCACCGAGGGCAGGAAAGAAGAGCUCUUUGCCCUCUACUCUGCUCAUGAUGUCACUCUGUCACCAGUUCUCAGUGCCUUGGGCCUUUCCGAAGCCAGAUUCCCAAGGUUUGCGGCCAGGUUGAUCUUUGAGCUUUGGCAAGACAGAGAAAAACCCAGUGAACAUUCCGUCCGGAUUCUUUACAAUGGCGUCGAUGUCACAUUCCACACCUCUUUCUGCCAAGACCACCACAAGCGUUCUCCCAAGCCCAUGUGCCCCCUUGAAAACUUGGUUCACUUUGUCAAAAGGGACAUGUUUGUGGCCCUGGGUGGCAGUAGUACGAAUUAUUAUGAUGCAUGUCACAGGGAAGGAUUCUGAAAGGUGUGCAGUGCAGCGGGAUAGAAUCUGUGCCAGUCAGAGCACUGGGAAAGGUCCACUGCUAGUUCUGUCUGUUGCUAAGGGUAGAAGAUUAUUGCUUCUCAAAGGCUAAAUAUUGUUUGUGGGAACCACAGACGGCUGGGGGUUGAACAGUAAGCACGUUGCUAUAAUGCGGUAUGUGAAUUGCUUGGUACAAAAUAGCCAGUUCACAGAGGAGUAGAAGGUACUUUGUCUCGGGCAGACUUUGCUUAGAAUACCAGAAUGAUAUAGUUCAAGACUCAAAGUCGCCGAUCCAAGUUUGCGCCCUUCGGCCUGCCUCAUGGUAUUGUGUGAUGGAACCAGCACACCUCAGCCAAAAUUUUUUUAAUCUUAGACAUUUUUAUCUUGUCCUUGCUAAGGAUUUCUUGAAGUGAUUUAUCUAAAAUAGGGGUUGGCAAACUUUUUCUGUAAAGGGCCAGAUUGUAAAUAUUUCAGAGUGUGUGGACCAAAAGGCCACAUGCAGUCUCUGUCACAACUACUCAGCUCUGCUCCUGAAACAGAAAAGCAACCACAGACAAUACGUAAAGGAAUGCAUGUGGCUGGGUUCCCGGGCCAGACAGACAGGUGAUGGCCAGAUUUGGCCCCUGGGCUGUAGUUUGCUGACCCCUGACCUUAAAAAUAGGCUAUACUACAAUUGCACUUCCAGCACUUUGAGAACCAGUUGAAUGCCAAGAAUUUUUCGAUGGUUUUUCCAGUAACUUCUGCUAGAAACACAGAAUUUGGUCUGUAUCUGACACUAGAACAAAACUUGAGGGGAAAUAAGCUGAAUCAGAAUGACUCAUAGAAAACUGAUUAGAAGAAUACUUUAUAUUCAUGAUGAUUGUGGUACACGAUAGUUUUAAGUACAUUCUAAAUAUUUGUCCGCUGUAGUCAAUUUGCUGUAUAUGCUGAAAUUUUUGUAUGCCAUUUAGUAUUUUUAUAGUCUAGGAAAAUAUUUUCUAAGACCAGUUUUAGAGGACUCUGAUUCCUGUAGUAAUGUUCAAUUUACUGUACCUGUUUGGUGGUUAGACGGAGGCUAGAAGACGAAUUCAGGCACAUUCUUCCAAUAAAGCUAAUUAUGGCUCAUUCCCUUUGACAAGCCGUAGAAUUGAAUUCAUUUUUAAACCAUUUUCAUCAGUUUCAAAUGGUAAAUUCUGGUUGAUUUUUAAAUGUGUUUUUGGAAGAACUUUGCUAUUAGAUAGUUUACAAAUCUUUAUAAGGCGUUUUAUAUAUUAGAAGCAAUUAUGAUUCCAUCUGUGAUUUCUGAACUAAUGGUGCUAAUUCAGAGAAAUGUAAAGUGCAAGUGAGAUUCUCUGGUGUCAUUAGCAUUCCAGCUUUUUCUCUGUUUUUGUCCAGUGUUGCAUUUGAAUAUGUCUGUUUCUAUCAAUAAAUUUUUGAAGAAUACCUAUGAUAUACAA